AUGGCUGCACUUCAAGCUUCAAGCCUUUUGUUUGCUUCUUCUGGUUCUCUUUCCUCUCGUUGCCAUAGAGGGACCAUUGCAGCUACUAUCAAACCACCAAGACUCCAGACGAGUACUCUCCACCUCCCGAUUCCAAAGCUCUCAACUGGUGGUUUGGCGGAGGAAAUGGAGCUGAGAAGCAUUACCGUGACAACCAUAAGGAACACUCCAACUUCGUCAGCUGAGAUUAAUACUACUACCACUAGGCCUGAACCUGAAGCCAAUGAUUCUGACCCCAAGGUGAUCAAAAAAGUAUAUGCGAUAAUGGAGGCCGUUGCGGAUAGAGUGGAGAUGCACAGGAACAUUGGAGAACAGAGAAAUAACUGGAACUGCCUGUUUUUAACAUCAAUCAAUACAAUCACUCUCUCUGCUGCAACCAUUGCCGGAAUUGCAGCUACAAGUGCAGUCGGGGGACUCAGGUCCCCCAUAUUGUCACUCAAGCUGGCUUCGACUCUAAUGUACUUGACAGCCACUGGAAUGUUGAUUAUUAUGAACAAAAUUCAACCAUCCCAACUUGCUGAAGAACAGCGUAACGCUGCAAGGUUGCUUAAGCAGAUUCAUGGAGAAAUUGAAACAAUUAUUUCCUGUGGUAAUCCUACUGUUAGUGAUGUGAACGAAGCAAUGGAGAAAGUUUUAGCUGUUGACAGGGCCUACCCUCUUCCUCUGCUUGGCGUUAUGCUCGAAAGAUUUCCAUCUAUGGUGGAGCCUGCAGUGUGGUGGCCUCAACCACGACGAAGAACGGCUAAUUCGAAAGAGUUAGGAGUUAAACUUGAUUGCAACGGUUGGAAUAGAGGAUUGGAAGAGGAAAUGAGAGAAGUAGUUGGGGUUUUGAAGAGGAAAGACAAAGCAGACUAUUUGAGGUUGGGUGGAAAAGCCUUGAAACUGAACCAAAUACUGGCCAUAACUGGUCCAUUACUAACAGGUCUAGCAGCAGUUGGGACUGCUUUUAUAGGAUCUCCUUUUCAUGGUUCUUGGGCCGCUGGGCUUGGAGUUGUUGCCGGAGCUUUGGCUAGCAUAGUGAACACAGUUGAGCAUGGAGGGCAAGUGGGGAUGGUGUUUGAGAUGUACAGAAGCAAUGCUGGUUUCUUAAAGCUCAUGGAGGAGUCUAUAGAGUCAAAUCUAAACGAAAGUGAAUUGGGUAGGAGAGAGAAUGGGGAAUUGUUUGAAAUGAAGGUGGCUUUGCAGUUGGGGAGGAGCCUCUCAGAGCUAAGGGAACUUGCAGCCUCAUCAGCAAGAAAAGGAGAGAUGGGCGAAGAGUUUGCAAGCAAGCUGUUCUGA